AUGGAAGAGCCGCUGGAGGGAAAUGCGGGGAGGGAGCAGCGCAUCCUGCUGCGUAGGCAGCGAGUGGAGGAGAAGGUGGCGGCUAUGCGGGCGCAGGAGGAAGGGAACGAGGCGAUGGAGGCGCGCAAGGAGCGGAAAAUCGGGCGUGGGAAGCAGCAGGUCAUCGAGUCACGGAAGCGCCUGACGGCGUUGCGGACGCGGACGGACGUCGCGGUGACGCAGGUGAAGGUCACGGCGCUGCAGAAGGAGCGUCAACGGAGGGAGACCGAGGAGGAGCGGCGCAAGGAGCUGCGGAAGGACAUGCUGGUGGAAGCGGAGCAGAGCGCGGCGAACAACGCGCAGGUCGCGUCUCACUGGAGCGAGCUGUUCUCGAUUGAGGUCCCUCAGGACCUGUGGAAGGCCAUCCAGCAGCAGAGGGAGGCGUGUGCCAAGAUCGUCGAGUCGAAGGACAAGCUGGUGGACGACCUGCGCGGCGAGCUGGCCUCCAAGCACGAGGACUUCACGCGGCUCCUCAAGCGCCACCAGGACGAGAUGGACACCCUGCUGACCGCCAUGGCUGCCCAGCACCGGGAGACGCAGGCCGCGUACUCCCACGAGCUGCAGCAGAUCGAGGACGCGUUCCUGCUCGAACAGGAGGAGCUUCUGGCGGCGAACAAGCAGGAGAUCUCCGCGUUGAUGGACAAGAGGUUCAACAGCGAGCAGCAGUUCCAGGAGCGCACCAGGGAGCUGGCGGAGCAGUACCACAAGGCACUGGACGACCUGAUGGUCAAGGACGCGGAGGACUACAACAAGCUGAAGGUCAACCGGGAGGGCCUCAUUCAGAUCCAGGAGCAGCACCUCGAGGCCAUGCGCGCGACCUAUCAGCUCAACAACGAGAAGCUCGAGUACAACUACCGGGUCCUCGUCGAGCGUGAUCACGAGAACAAGAACACGAUCAACAAGCAGAAGCGGAAGAUCGCCCGGCAGCGCGACAUCCUGAGCACGCUGAAGGCGCGGUACCACGAGCUGGACCGCAAGUACCAGGAGGAGAACAUGCGCCUGACGGAGGAGUACAAGCGCGUCACGGAGCUGUUCAAGGACCUGCAGUCCAAGUUCCGGCACUUCGAGGAGUCGGACCUGAAGAUCUACCAGGAGGUGUGGGCCGUGAACGACGAGGUCGUCGCGGAGCUGGUGCAGCGCGUGCUGCGCGCGGACAAGACCAUCCACGAGCAGCUGCUCGGGUGGGGCUGGCGGCCCCCGCACGAGAACACCUUCCAGAGCCCGUGGGAGCAGAUCGAGAAGGACAUGCAGACCCUCGCAACCGAGGCGGACGGAGAGGGCGAGGGCGCGGAGAGCGCUGCGCGGCAGAAGCUGCAGGAGCGGCUGCAGGAGCGCAAGUACAUGGGGCUGCUCUCCCUCCUCCUGGACGAAGCGGGCUUCCUGAUCGAAGCGCGCGCGAAGGCCCUCCUCAACACGCUGCCCGCGGACGAGCAGGGGCGCGUCGCGGUCGACGCCGUCCUGAACGCGCUCGGCGUGCAGGACGUGGAGACGCUCGACGCCCUCGUGGAGCACCUCUCGCUCAAGGGGCGCGGGCGCGGCCUGCACAGCAAGUCUGGAGCCUCGCGCCUGGUCCCCAAGGAGAGCCAGAAGUCCGAGCACUCGGCGUCGCCGUCGACGACCGCCCACCAGAAGGACGAUGAGGAGUUGGAGGAGUGGGUUCCGCGCGACGAGGUGGUGCAGCGGCUCAAGGUGUUUGUGGAACAGGAGGGCAACCAGGCCCGCUCCGUCAAGUCCAAGCCGGGCGCGGCGUCGAAGGUUUCGGUGAUGACGAAGCGCAUGAUGGAGAAGGAGCGGCUGUACUGGAACAACAUGACCAACGUGGUCAGCGAGCGCGGCGUUCGCGUCUGGGCUGCUCUGGAGCGCAAGCUGCAGGGGUACCUGAAGAUGCUCAAACACCGCCAGUCGAGGCUGGAGGAAGUCGACAGCCUGCAGGCGCAGAACGACGAGCUGCGCAACCUCCUCGCACAGUACCUCUCUUCGCGGGUCAACGAGGAGCUCUGCUUGCCACCUGCUCACGUGAUGUGA